AUGCGCAAUACAGAAAAUUUAUAUAUAAAGAAUAAACUGGACUCUACAUUAUUUAUUUCUAAUUUUUAUAAUUGGUUUAAAAUUCACUUCAAAGGCACCUUAUUAAUACGAGAAAAUAGUAAUAUAAAGAAUGCAACAUUGAUAGAACUUAUAGAUAAUAAAAAACUAUUAUUAAAUGAAAUUAAUGCUUGUGAGGCAUUAUUAAAAUUAAAUGAGCAUGAUGAAAAUUGUGAUUCUUUAAGUGGUACCAUUAACGUGAAUGAUAAUAAAAAACAAACAAACAACAACAACAAUAAUAAUAAUAAUAAUAAUAAUAAUAACAUUAAUAUUAGUAGUAAUAAUAUCCAUAGUAAUAAUAUCAAUAGUAAUAAUAUACAACGUUGUAGUUACUCUACUACCAGGUGGUGCAAUUUUAGUUGCAAUGUCUUUGAUUAUUUUCAUAUUUUAAAAAUAGAAGAAUUGAAGGAUUUUUUAAAAGAUUAUAUUUUUACAAAUAAAAAAAUAAAUAAAGAAUUCUUUGAUGUUAUCGAACAAGAUAUGAUUAACUGGAAGAACUUAUUUUUCUUUGGAAAUCAAAAAAAGAAACCAGGAUUCUUAGACUUUUUAUUAUUGAGUGUUUUAAAAAAACAAAAUAUUCACUCCAUUGAAGAAACGCAAUAUAAAAAUUUAUAUAACUGGUUUAAUAAUAAUAAUAAUAAUAUGUGUGAUGUAUUAAAACAUAAAAAGGGAAAUGCCCAAAAUGAAGAUAAUACACAUAACACAUCGAAUACUAAUUUUAUUCAACAAAUUAUUGAAGAAGAUUUAAAAAAUAAAAAACAUACACAUGUCAUUACUAGAUUUCCACCUGAACCUAAUGGAUAUUUACAUUUAGGUCAUGCUAAAAGUAUAUGUUUAAAUUUUGGUUUAUCAAAUAAAUAUGGUGGUAGAACCCAUUUACGUUUUGAUGACACGAACCCAGUUACAGAAGAAAUUAGAUAUAUAGAAUCCAUAAAAGAAGAUGUGAAAUGGUUAGGAUAUGAUUGGAAAGAACAUUUAUAUUUUGCUUCUAAUUAUUUUGAACAAUUAUAUGAAUGGGCUAAGAUAUUAAUAAAACAAGGAGAUGCAUAUGUAGAUGAUCAAAGUAUUGAAGAAAUACGAAAAAAUCGUGGAACUUUAAAAGAACCAGGAAUUGAUUCACCAUAUAGAAAUAGAAGUGUUGAAGAAAAUUUAAAAUUAUUUGAAAAUAUGAAAAAUGGUUUAUAUAAAGAAGGAGAAAAGGUAUUAAGAGCAAAAAUAGAUAUGACAUCAGGUAAUAUGAAUUUAAGAGAUCCAAUAUUAUAUCGUAUUAUGUUUAAAACACAUCCUAAAACAAAAAAUAAAUGGGUUAUAUAUCCAAUGUAUGAUUAUGCUCAUGGCCAAUCUGAUUCCAUUGAAAAUAUUACACAUUCUAUAUGUACUUUAGAAUUUGAAACACAUAGACCUUUAUAUGAAUGGUUCCAAAAUAAAUUAAAUAUUUUUAAAACUCGACAAAUUGAAUUUGCUCGUUUAAAUGUAACAUAUAUGGUAAUGAGUAAAAGAAAAUUAUUAGCAUUGGUCAAUGAAAAAUAUGUUAAUGAUUGGGAUGAUCCACGUAUGCCAACAAUAUCAGGUAUGAGAAGAAGAGGUUAUAGUCCAGAUGCUAUUAAAGAUUUUUGUAGUAAGGUGGGUAUAGCUAAGAGAGAAAAUAUGAUACCUCUUGAUCUCCUUGAAUUAUGUGUACGUGAAGAUAUGGAUAUAAAAGCAAUAAGAUUAUUUGCAAUACUUAAACCAUUGAAAGUAAUUAUAACAAAUUAUAAUCAUACUCCUGAUUAUUUAGAUAUUCACAAAUUAGUUGCUAGUAAUCAUCCAAAAUUUGAACAAAUGGGUUCUAGAAAUAUUCAAUUUGAAAAAGAAAUCUUUAUUGAUCAAGAUGAUUUUCAAGAAAUACCACAAGAUAAUUUCUUUAGACUAGCACCUAAUAGAACCGUUAGAUUAAGAUAUGCAUUUUGUAUUACAUGUAAUGAAGUUAUUAAGGAUGAUCAAGGUAGGGUGCUUGAAUUGAGAUGUACAUAUGAUCCGAGUAGUAAAAGUGGGCUCUCUACAAAUCAAAACAAAAAGAAUGAUGACAAAAAGAAUGAUGACAAAAAAAAUAAUGUCAUCCAACAAAAUAUUGAUGAUGAUAAUAAAAAAGUAAAAGCUACCAUCCAUUGGUUAUGUGCAAACAAUUCACAUCAAGCAGAAUUCAGAAUGUAUGAUAAAUUAUUUACAAAGCCAAAUCCAGAAUCAAACGAAGACAAUGAACUCAUUCAAAAAAUCACAUCAACAAUACAUCUUGAAAAUAAUACAAACAACCAAAGUAAUGGUAAAGAUGAAUAUGCUUCUAAUUCAUUAAUACAAAAUGAACAAUUAGAAGAUGAAUCUAAAAAUGCAGGAUGGAGAAAAUAUAUAAAUAAAAACUCAUUAAUUAUAUAUAAAGGACUAGUAGAAAAUUAUGCUACACGUUUUAAUGUAGGAGAUCCAAUACAAUUUGAAAGAGUCGGAUUUUUUACAAAAGAUAAAGAUACAACAAGUGAAUUACCAGUUUUUAAUUUGACAGUACCUCUAGUUGAUAAUACCAUGUUAAAAAAAAAAAAAGAAGAUCUACUACAAAAGGAAUUAGAUAAAUUAAAAAGAGAAAAAAUUGCUGCCGAAAGAAAAUUAAAAAAAGAGCAAAAAAAAAUAAGGGAGCAAAAGAAGAAAGAGCAAAAUGUAAACAAUUAG